GUUUGGUAUCAGUCGUCUUUGGAUCUCAGUGAGAAGUGCGCGUGCGCUGACCGCCCAAACUAACUUUCACACAAGUUCCAACCUUAAGAAUGUCGCGGAAACUGAGCGUGCGCCACCUGACGGAGGCAGAUGAGUACAAGUGCCCGCUGUCGGCGCAGACGCAGGCCAUCGCCGAGGAGCAGCUGCGGGAGACGGACAACUCCAGAUCGCAAGCGCUAGCAUCCGUCCGCAGCUGGCUCGAGCAGAACCCUAAGUUCAUGGCCAUCAGAAUGGAUGCGAACUUCCUCCUCCGUUUCCUCCGCACAAAGAAGUUCAGCGUCCCGAUGGUGCAGGAAGCCAUCGAGCGAUACGUGCUGCUGCGCCAGUCCUGGGGCAUCGCCUUCAACCAGCUCGACUACCAGCUGCCCGUCAUGAUGGAGCUCAUCGACUUGGGAUACAUUUUCGUCAGCCCGUUCAAAGACAAAGGCGGUCGCCGUGUUGUCAUAUACAGACCUGGUGUAUUUGACCCUUACAAGUACACGAACCAGGAUAUGUGCCGCGUGAUGGGCAUCUGUUACGAGACGUUGAUGGAGGACGAGGAGACGCAGGUCCGAGGGCUGGUGCACUUCGCUGACGGUUCAGGAGUCAGCUUCCCACACCUCACCCUGUUCACGCCUAAAGAGGCUGUGCGGAUCGUCAAGAAUGGAGAGAGAACAAUCCCGAUGAGGCACAAAGAGAUCUACGGCGUGAACGUUCACCCGACGAUCAAGUUCGCGCUCGACUUUGGCAUGGGGCUGAUCUCAGAGAAGAUUAGGAAGCGCGUGCGCCUCUACACGGCCGUGGACGACGUGGAAAUCGACAAACAACUGCUGCCGCAAGAGUACGGCGGACAGAUGCCCAUGAAGGAGAUGAUUGAACUGUGGAAAGAAGAGCUAGCGAAGAAGCGUGACACGCUGCUGUUGAAUGACAAGAUGGCGGUGCGCCUGGAGAUGUACAGCGAGGCGGCGCGAGAGGGCGCGAUCUCCGCGCUGCGCGCAGGCGCGAACACGUGCGCCGGCGCCGACGCCGUCGGAGACGCCAUGCGCGGUCUCACCGGCAACUUCAGAAAACUCGAAGUGGAUUAAGUUAAACUACAUAUUUUCUUUAAGGCCCUGCUCAUAUUAUGAAACUAAUAUGUACGACACGGCAAGGAUCCUGUGGCACUUGGAUGACAUUAACAGGGGGGCGCUAGUGUGCGCCAUCUCCAUACAAUCUCCAUUUAUAACAACGAAAAUGACGUUUUCUUAGGAUGCAGCGUUAGUUCCGAUUGUAUCCACGUGUCACUUGCCUUACCCAGAAAAGUGUCAAAAAGAUCACCAAUAAGCGUCACUUUUUGAAGAUAGUGUCCUUAGCCAAGUCGCAAACAAUUCUGGCAAUCGACAGUUUUGUUUUUUGACGUGGCAUAUUGUAGAUUUGCCGCAAAUGGCAUUAACUAUUUGGCCGGAAACAAUCGAUAGAGACAGAGAUAAAAAAUGUUUUUGUAUGGGUUUGAUAUAAGGUGACAAUGAUAUUGACAUAAUGUGGCAUGUGAACCCCAUACAUAUUUAACACCGUCACUAUUGAUUUUCGUAAUCGUUUCCAACUUCGCUAAGGCACCUGGUGUGUGAAGGUUUUUGUUUGGGCAGGGUCAGCCUCUUUUAGACUGAUAUCACAUAUUGGUGUCGAUUCGAGCAACCACCAAUUUCAACUUAAUUUGUCAGGACCAAAAGUAGCUCUCUCUUUCUUGCACGUAUUGUGAGUGAAGGACGGCACUAGUUUGAGAACUGUAACCAAAAUUAGGUUUGUGGCCGCCCGAAUAGGCACCAUUGUUAUAAUUAUAGUAUUAAGCCUCCGAUUACCUAUAGUAUUAUAGUAAAUAAUGGCCUGAUAAUGAU